AUGGAGGCACUGAGCAGCUGCAACCUCAGCCGAAAUCCUCACCCCAAAUCUUCCCCUUCACGUUUGCCAAAAACACCUCCGAAAACAACCAAAGUUUCUCUAAGUGUGAAAGCGAAGUCCCCACUCUCACACCUAAAAAAUGGCAGACCCAAAAAGUUUAGCGACAAGGAUGCCUUUCCCAAUUCCAUUCCCAUCCACAACAGAAACCCGUACGCCAUCUACAGAGACAUCCGGAAUUUGGCCAGCCAAGAUAAGCUCAAGGAGGCUCUCGCCAUGUUGGACUACCUCGACCAGCGUGGCAUCCCCACCAACCCCACCACUUUCUCCCGUCUCAUCUCGGCCUGCACGGAAACCAAAUCCAUUGAUGCAGCAAGACAAGUCCACGCGCACAUUAGGAUAAACGGGCUCGCCGAGAACGAGUUCUUGCAGACGAAGCUCGUGCAGAUGUACGCUGCCUGUGGCUCAAUCGAGGACGCAAAGAAGGUGUUUGAGAAUAUGCGUGUUACGAGUGUGUACCCCUGGAAUGCGCUUCUUAGGGGCAAUGUGGUCUUGGGUGGGCGUAACUACCAUGAAGUGAUGGGGUCAUUUUCGGAAAUGUGGGCUUCGGGCGUCGAGCCGAACAUUUACAGCUUCUCUUGCCUGAUCAAAAGUCUGGCUGGCAAUAGGGCCCUGUACCAGGGCUUGAAAACUCAUGGAAUGUUGAUAAAGAACGGGUUUCUGGGUAGCUGUAUGGUCAGGACGAGUUUGAUUGAUAUGUAUUUCAAGUGCGGCAAGGUUAAGUUGGCUUGUGCUGUUUUUGAGGAAGUUGGGGACAGAGAUGUGGUGAUAUGGGGGGCAAUGAUAGCCGGGUUUGCUCAUAAUCGACUGCAAAGGGAGGCAUUGGAGUACACAAGAUGGAUGGUGAGCGAGGGCGUAUCAGUCAAUUCCGUCAUAUUGAGUACCAUUCUUCCAGUUAUUGGAGAAGUUUCUGCGAGGAAAAUAGGACAGGAGUUUCACGCUUACGUGAUCAAGACCAAAGGGUACUCAGAGCAGCCAUUUGUUCAAUCUGCAUUGCUCGAUAUGUACUGCAAGUGUAAGGACAUGGUUUCGGGAAGAAAGGUGUUUUAUGGGUGUACAAAGAGAAAUGUAGUUUUGUGGACCGCUCUUUUGUCUGGUUAUGUGUUAAAUGGGAGGCUUACGCAGGCUCUGAGGUCGAUUGUAUGGAUGCAACAAGAAGGGUUCAAACCUGAUUUCGUGACAGUUGCCACUGUCCUUCCAGUUUGUGGGAAGCUCAAGGCAUUUAAGCAAGGGAAAGAGAUUCACACUUAUGCACUGAAAAAUGGGUUUUUACCGGGCAUAUCUGUAGCUUCUUCACUGAUGAUAAUGUACUCGAAAUGUGGUGCUUUGGACUAUAGCGUGAGAGUAUUUGAUUGCAUGGAGAAGAAGAAUGUGAUAUCAUGGACGGUCAUGAUUGAGUGUUACAUGGAGUUUCGAUGCCUGGACAAAGCUGUUUGUGUUUUUCGAGAAAUGCAGUUGUCCAAGCACAGGCCAGAUUCUGUUACAAUUUCUAGGAUACUGAACGUUUGUGGCAAACUUAAAUUGCAGAAACUCGGGAAGGAACUACAUGGACAGGCUUUGAAACGAGAUUUGGAUUCUGUUCCUUUUGUUUCAGCAGAAAUAAUGAAAAUGUAUGGGAAGUGUGGGGCAUUUGAUAAGGCGAUGUUAGCUUUUGAUGCGGUUCCUGCGAAAGGGUCAAUGACAUGGACUGCCAUUGUCGAGGCUUACGGAUGCAAUGGUAAAUAUGAAGAAGCUAUACAUCUUUUCAAGAAAAUGGUGUCAGAUGAUUUUACUCCUAAUCAGUACACGCUUGAAGUGAUUCUGAAUAUUUGUGGGGAAGCUGGAUUUGCAGAUGACGCUCUGAGUUUCUUUACAUUAAUGACUCGGGAAUAUAAAAUUCAGGCAUCUGAAAAACAUUACUCAAGCAUCAUUGAUGUUCUCUCUCGUUCGGGAGGCUCAGAGAUUUAUACGAUUGAGAUCAUCCUUGGCUCAUUGAUCAUAAGGUGCCGGAGUACUCUUACUCCCUGGAUGAAGAAGGCAUUGGCUAGACAGCUUUCUAAGUUCUUUUUGCAUUUGAUGAAGUUAUCCCAAUUCAAGAAAGUUAUAUGGUUGCACAAGUCAAACAGUACUGUGAAAUGGAAAGUCGUGAAGAAAAAUUGCACAAGUUUGCCUCACAAGUCACAAAGUAAGAUCAACGAAGUCAAGGACGUCAUGACUCAUAAAGUGCAAUGCCAAUUGAAACUUGUGGCUCCAGGAAUUAUCUACAAAACGCAUCCCAAUAUUAACAAGGAAUUGUUCUCUGUUGAGAACUCUUGUGUCCCAAUGAUCCUAAUUGCCUGUUUCCUGCUGGCCAGUCUGGUGAUGGCCUUCCUUUGUCGAAGUGGAGAAUGCAAAGUGCAGACAAUUAACUGCUGGCCUUUUGUUUCGGGGGUUGAGUCCUAUGUAAAUUUGGAGCAUGUAGCUUCAAUCCCUCUUCCUGCUCUUAGAUUGCCGCCUUUUUUUUUUCAAGGAUUUGAUGAUAAAACGACAUCUUGGUCAUUGAUCCUGCAAUACCUCUCGGAAACAGACAUAGAUCUUUUGAUUGAGAAGACCCUUUUAACAGCAGAUGAUGAUGAUGAUGAUGUAACAGAGGCAUUUCUUCUAAACUUGGGUGCCCCACAAUUUGGUCCAUUUUCUAUGUAUGCAUCUGCAUUAUCCAGUUUUGGGUUUAAUUGCAAGAGCAAUGGUGGAGUUGUCUGA